AUGACUUUCUUUCAUUUUUAUCACCGGUUUUCACUCUCUUGUUCGGCUUACAGGAACAAGAAACGCGUUCGUGUUUGUGUUGCCAAUUCCGAUACUUCACCGGAAUCCAAAUCCCGGGGUUUUGAUUGGAUCAAUGGGGAUAAAACUCAAUCCUGGAAAUUUAUAGCUGGAAGAUCUGAAUCCCAAUCUUUUGUAGUUAGUGCAACAGAGAAAGUGAUUGAUGGAUCUUCUUCAACUAAGCAAUUAGAAGCUCUUGAUGCAGAUUCUGAACAUUCCAAAAUAAAUCUUGAUGAAGAACAACUUGAUGAAAUAAAUGAAAAGGAUUUUGUUGCUUCACCAAUUCUUGUUGAAGAUAUUGCAGCUAUGGAGGAAGUAGAUUUAGUUUCUUUAUUUGAUAUUGUUGUAUCUUACAUCCAUCUCUUCCUUUAUAACAUUUUAUUUCUUAAAAUAUCUUCAGGUUGUUUGAUCAAAUAAGUCAUUUAU